GAUCCAAGCUGCCCUUCUUUCUCUCCUUCAUCUUGACAACAACAAGGAGCGAUCAACCAUCUGGCAGCUCAUAGCGGCGAUUCCGUUCUGCACCGCCAACCUCUUCCACAGGGGCUCGAGCACAGACGCAGCACGGACCUCGAGCGCCGAGCACGCACGCACGAACGCACGAACGAGACGCGCCGCCUGCCCUCAAUUCUACGCAUCGCAAUCGAAGCAAGCUCAAUAGUAGAUUGUUCCUCAUCUCAUCACCACUGCCGCAGAAGAAGGAGGCGAUAGGCAGUCGCAAUGAGCGGGCAGCAUCCAUACGCUCGCUUUGCCCCGCCAUCAAGCAGUAGUUCUGCCUCUUCCUCGUCGUCCAACACUUGGGGUCGACCAUCCUUCUCCCACUCUUCUACUUCAUCUUUGCCUGGCGCACUGGGCAUAUCGUCCAGUCUAGAUGGGCAACAGAAGCAGCCGCAGACGAUCCCAUUUGGCCUACCAUCCGAAGCAGACAUUGCUCGCGACAGGUCGCCCUCGAGAUCUUCGCAGCAUCAGCCACAUGCAGGCUCGACGGCGGUAGGCGGGCCAGCCUUCUAUACCUUGUCCUCAGAUUCGUCCUCAUCUUCCCUCCAUGCACGAUCAUCCAAUGCCUCUGGAUAUGGAUCACAAAGAGGAAUAGGAGGCCCAUCCGCCGGCUCGGGCGCUGGAGCAAUGGGAAUUGCGGGAUCGAGUCAGCGCGACUUCCUCGUUCCCAUUGGGUCGACGGGAGCGAGGCAGAAAUUGAGCAUCCUUUCGCCUUCGCAGAGAAGAGUCGCCAGCAGUAGCGGAUCAGCUGGCGCUGCUGGAGAGACAAGCACAUCGAGUCAGUACAGCAGCCCGCUGAGAGGAUCGAGUAGCGGUAGCGGCGCCGCUACUAGCGGCACCAUGAGCGCCUCUUCAUCAGCAUCUUCACUUCCGAGCUCUUCGUCAUACUCGAUGCGACAGACAGCUUCGCAGUCGCCUACCACGUCGAUUGAUAACCGCAGAGACAUGCUCACACCAAGCAGCAGUGCUGGUAGCAAUCGACUCAAGAGUGCGGGGAGCAACGAUUACACGGGCGACUCGUCCUAUUCAUCCACCUCAAAUACCACGCCGCCCCGGCCAGCGAGGUCUGGGCAGCGUCAAGGGUCCAUCUCCUCCCAAGCCUCCUCUUCGCAGAGCCACGCAACGAGCAGCAGCAGCGCAGCAAGACGUGACCUCGUCUACUCACCGCCGACCACUUCACCCACGCAAAGCCCGCCGUCGAGUCUGACCUACUCUUCAGGAUCUAUGGCAACCACGACGACGCCAUAUACUUCGCCUGCUCCUCACCCGUACGCUCCCUCUCCUGCGACGCGAUCUCGCCCCUCUUUGCCGGAGGACUUCAGCGGGCGGCCCGACUGGAGUCGCUCAGAUCCGCAACAAACCUCCUCGCGCGAUGCCCCAAAAUCAGAGUCACAGGACAACGGAGACGUCUUUGGCGGAAAAACUACGCCGACCCUUCGCAGUCGCGGCAGUGCCCUAUCGAAUGCUGGUGCCAAGCCUCGCUCCUCGCAAUCAUCCAACAGCAGCGCCCCCGUCACUCGCAAUCGCUCUGUCACGCCGACGCAGGACAAUCGUGCCGCUGGCAUGGGACAGAGCUCCAGGUCGGCCGCAGAUGCGGCUGCAGGGUUCCGUGGAGAUGCGCAGGCUUCGCAUUAUAGGAGUGAGAGUGGGCCUGCUACUUCGCCAUCGUCAUGGAGCCGCUCUGCGAGAUCAGAAGAUCCGGGCAUCGCCGCUACACAAACGUCCACCACGCCAGGCUCGACCUUCACGAGCUAUGACACUCUCAACGAAUCUGCGAAGAAGGAGAGUAGCGGUGGUAUCAAAGGCCGUCUCGGUAAGAUGCUAGGCUCCUCGAGCAAGAAUUGCAGCAACAGCAGCAUCAAAGCGAAUAGCCACGCCCCGACAGCCAGCGACUAUGGAUCGAAGCCGAAGCAAUACGUCUCGAGUGAUUCACUGCGCAGCGGCAUGGGGAUGCGAAAGACGGAAAGCUCCAGCUCGAUCAAGAGCAUUGGAGGUAGUGGGCACAGGAUGGGGAGUAGUGCGUCGCAGAGCACGUCGUCGCCUGGUCCCGCCAUCCUACCGGCUGGAGGAACGGGCAGUCCUGCAUCUUCAUGGCGUGGAGGGUCAACAGGACCAGUGCUGAGCAGUCGCUCACGCUCAAAUACGGCCUCAUCCGCAGCUGCGAGCACAUACUCUGAUCGUGGACCAUCAAGCUCAAACGAGUCUCCGCACAAGACGUCCAGCUCUUCGCAUCUGCGCUCGCCUUCUGAUCGUUUUGAUGGAGACCCAACAGUGUCGAGCGAUCUAGCUGGUGGACGUCUGUCAAGAGGAACGAGUGCUGACCAUCUCGGUGGGUCAUCAACAGCCGCCACAGAUCCCUACGAUCGAGACGCCAUCGGCAAACCUGCGUUCCAGAGCGGCGACAUUGACGUUGCCCCCGCCCUCAACCUCAAUCUUCGUUCGACGGACUUCGGUGAUCUGCAGUCGAUGAUGCCCGCAUCGUACAUGGGAACGAGGAGCGACCUGCUCGCGCCAGUGAGCACAGCAACGGCGGCUUCAAUGGACAAGAGCCUCCCUCCCACGCCCAAUGCCGAGUCUCCUCGCACUUCGCAGACUAUCGAGCGGCCCGCAGAAGUACAAGCUAGUACGACGCCGCAGAGCGCCGCGCCUGCUGAGCGUCGUCCAUCUGUUGCAGGAUCCGCUACAUCUCGCGUAGCUCCGCAAGUGGAGGCAGUCAUGGCACCGGCACGUCUGCAGUCGAGCAGCUCACAGCAAGCGGAAACGGCUGUCACCAGCGGUCAAGAUCCUCGCAUGUACAUCCCUCCCGGCGCGCUCAGCUUCAACCGCAAGGGAAUAGCAGUUCGGGACAAGCCCACCAACGGCGGCUACUUGGGCCUCCCCUCCGACACUGUCAAUCAGAGCCGCUUCUCCUCUUCGACGAACGAUGUCGAUUCCCUGAAGAGCCCAGCCCCCGGGGCACUUAGCGGACCCACCACAUCAGGCACGCGAUUGAGCUUGCGCUCCCUCGAGAACUCGACACAGGAUAGCCACGACUCGGACUCUGGCGCCUUGGCGAAUGGGCGGUCUUCCUUCCCGCCCACAGACUCGGACAUAGAUCGUGGCUCCCUCCUCCCCUCCUCCGCCUGGUCCGAAGUGGAAUCCGCUCUGUACCGCUUCAAGGAAGUCGCUUCCCCCUCCAGCUCGGCUUCACCCACGCAGGCUGCGAUGGACAAGGGAGCGCUCAUCCGUAACGUGCUCCUUCCCUUCCUCGCGUUGGAGGCAGAGACGCCCAACCUUGCCGUCACUGAUGGGAAGUAUCGUUCGGCCAAGACGAGACGCGGACUCUUCUUCGACUGGAUUGCCAACCUUCUGAUCGAGCUUCAACGCGUCCAGACUUCUGCGGACCGUGGUGCAAUCUUGGAAAGUAUUGCGUGCAUCAUCGAGUCGCGCAACUUGAGCCCACAGGCGCUCAAGGAGGAUGGUAUGGAUGAGGCCAAGUUCGGUAGCACCUUUGGUCACAUAUUGCUUUACGCUAUCGGAGAGCUGAACAAGAAGGGCGUUUACCAGAAUACGCUCAUCUUCUCCGGCAGGCUGCUGGCGGUCGCCUUCUUCCGGGUCCCUGGGGUGGCGAGCAAACUGCUACGCGCAUUACCCAUCAAUCGCUUUGCGCUUGAAAGGGUGGCGGCUGAGGCUGGCUGGGAAAGAGUGGUACCCACCCCCUUUGAGCUAUUCAAGGAGAGCUUCCCGGAAACACUGAGGGAGUAUUGCUUUUACGAUGCGCGUUCCUACCUCAAGGUGCUCGACUCGCCCACAACAAGCAACGAGGACCGAGCUGGGCGCCAAGGUAACCCCGCGGACGGGGAUGAGAGCGAUGAUGACGACCGCUUCCUCGUCCGUCAGCCGGAGGUGCAAGUCGAAAUGAGCGGAAAUUGGCUAAGACGCUGGCAGUCCGACGACUCGGAGCUCUUCUUCUCCUUCUGCCGAUCCUACCAUCGUCAGCUCGCUGGUCUUCUCACCUCCACGCAACGAUUGCGCAAGAUCUCGCCCCUCUUCUUCGGUGGGCCGGGCUACGCUCACCUGGCUACCUGCAUCCACCUGAAGUGCUUGUCGCUGGUCAACCGCGACAUCCUGUCGGUCACGACGCUGAGCAGCCAGAAGACGUUUAAUCCAGGCGAGACGGCCAACGUCCUCUCUGGCAGCACGGCAGGCAAGCCCCGUCACCUUGAAGCGGCCAAUCGACGCUGCACGGCAAUCAUCGUGGACAUUGUCCGCGCCCCAUCUGGGAACAACCAGGUCUUCGUCCCCAUGUUGGGUGUGCACAUCAAGUGCCUUGUGAAACGCACCUCCCUCUACGACGUGCAGGGCGUCUUCUGCCUUUUGGACUGGCUAGACGGCGUGCUAGGUCACAUGGAUGCAGCAGAGCUCUCCAUCGAGGGGCUAGUGGAUAUCAACUUCGUCAUCACCACUUUGGGUUUGCUCCUGGAGAAGGCAGACCACGCCCUCGCCCUGAUGCGUGCAAUUGCCUUCUCCUACAGCAACUUCGCCGUUUUAAUCAGCACCGCCUCCCACCGUAAACGCUUCUGCGAAGAAAUCCUCCUCAACCCGCGUAUCUUCCAAAAGCUCUUCCUCUCCUGGUCCUUUACCAUCCGUGCCUACUUCCUGCACCUGCUCGUCUUCCGCCUUGCCCGCAUCGGGGAUUUCCCGCAAGCGCAAGGGGACGACGAGGUGGGUGGGGGAAAUAAGACGGCGGUGGAGAUCGCGAGGGUGUUCAAUGUCAGACUGGACGAGAUCAGGAAGAGACACGAAGAGUUGAGUCCUGUCAGUCCGGGGAGUGCAGAUGAUGAGGACGAAGGAGGGGCGGAUGGAGACGAUGCCAAGUCGACGACUAGUCGCAGGCCGCCUUCCUUUGUCAGUACAAUUCGCCGCACCCCGUCGAUCGUGAAUGUGGAUGUAUCAAGCGGCGGGCAUGGCAAUGCGACUGGGGCCAGGGAGGGCGGUGGCGGCGGCGGUGGCGGAGCUGGCAUGACGAAAGCGGAGCGUGUGCUGGGCAUUGGUGUGCCGGACCCUAUCCUCGCUAACAACAAGGGGCGCAGCGCUUCAGGAGGACGACGCUUCGUCAGCAGCGAGGAAGACUCGUUCGGCGGGAAUGGUGUGCGCGUGGCAGGUGGCAAGGGACAGUCGCGAGCGGCCAAGUGGCUCCGAGCUCUGGGAGGCAAGGGAGGCAAGAAGGGUGGCGGGAGCAGCAUGGACUCCCCAUCCGGUUCAUCGACGUCCAGCUUCGGCGGAAGCUACGACAGUCCGCAGAUCUCCAAUCGGCCACGCUUUAAGCAGAUGGCAUCGCUCUCGGAGAUGGACUUCAGCGACGAUGAUGACGAAGAGGGCGAGAUGGGGGAUGAAGACGACAACGACGAUGACGAUGCAGACUUGGAUUCGCCUGACAUCCCGCCAAACCCGCAAGCCCACAAUGCUGUCCUUGACCCUUCCGCCCCCGCCUCCGGCUCCUCGGGCAUCGACCCCACGCUGCACGGAGACAACAUCGCGAUGGAUACGACGUUCGACCUCCAAUCAGGCCAGAGUGUCGUACCCGCGACAGGCGCUGCUCCUUCCUCGACCCUCGGCGCAGGUGGAUCGGCCACCUCUUCCCCACCGCGGAUGCCUCGUGCCUUCUCGAAGCGCACCUCAAUCCUGCCCGGCCCAGCUUACGAUCUCGUUGAACACGAUGAGGAGCAGCGUGGCAAGAUCCAGGCUGAUCAAGCCAAGGUGAUGACGGCGCAGCGCAAUGGGUACGCUCAAUCGCAGCACGUCUACGCCACGCAAGGGUUGAGGGAAUGGGAGGCGGUGCUUGCGGAGCACGACGAGUUUUUCGCUACCAUGGCUGAUGGGAACGGGCCGCCGGCUGUCCCGAGACUGCCGGUGCAGUGGCCGGCUAUGUGGUCAGAUUGAGGUGGGUUGAUGAGAAGGGGUAAUGUGGAGAUAUGGGGGUUGAAGCUGUACAUUAGGCAAGGGGAUGUCUGGGCGCGGUCACACUUCACUUCUAUCCAUGUGCAUUUAUCGUCCUCAAUUUCAUACCCAUCUUGCCCUCGUUACCUAGCUACCAAGGCUUGAUCCUCUCCCACCAUCCGACACAUCUCACCC